ACGGUGACGGGCAGCUUGCCCGUGGCUACCAUACUCAAAACCACCAAAAAGAUCAAAAGAAGAAGAGGAAUUUAAGUUUUUGUUACAGAGAGAAGCAGACAUUUUCCUCUCUUCUCUCUUUCUUUGAAAUUUUUCUUGAAUUCUUUUUAUCUUUCGGUUUCAUGAUUCUUAAUUCUGGAAAGCAAGAAAGUACUGAAAAGAGGGAGGAAAGAAGAAAGAUUUUAAAGAAAGUACAUAAGGAGUCCUGAUUUGAAUGGGUGGUGUAGUGUGGGACUAACAAACAGGUGGUAUCAAGAAUCAUUAAUAGCAAAGUACAUGUAUGGUUAUUGAAAAAUCUGGAUUCCUGUGUGUGAGAUUAAAUUAAGCUCUUGUGUUUCGUUAAUGGCUGAGAUAUGCAGUGGAGUAGUAAGUGAUAGCGAGGCAGCUUCGAAACCGUGUGAAGGGAGUUCAAGAGCAGCAAGGCGGAGGAGGAUGGAGAUCAGACGGUUUAAACUUGUUACUGAAGUAGCUCCGGAGAAAGAUGAAGUCGUUAAUGACAAUGGUAGUAAUAGUAAUAAUAAUGUUGAUAACGAUAAUAGUAAUAGCAAUAGUAAUAAACGCCGCAAGAUUAAAGUUGCAACAGCCUCAUUGCCUGGAGGAGGAGGCGGAGAAGACGGUGAAGAGUGCUGGGGUAUCAAAGAUGAUGAUCAAGAGGAAAGAAUUGUUGUAAAAGUUGAAAAUGGAAAAUCAGAGACUAAAGAAAUCUUAAUUCCUAGUAAAGCUUUGAAUCUGAUUUUAGCACCUCCUCCUGCUGCUGAUGUUAUAGAUGCAGAUUUGUACCCGAAAUACGGCGUUGCUUCGGUUUGUGGAAGAAGACGAGACAUGGAAGACGCAGUAGCAACUUAUCCUUUUUUCUUCCAAAAGGAUGAAGAAUUCGACACCCAAUUGCACUACUUUGGCGUCUAUGAUGGCCAUGGUUGCUCCCAUGUUGCAGCGAGAUGUAGAGAAAGACUACAUGAGCUGGUAAGAGAAGAGGUGGCGGCAGGAACAGAGGAGUGGAAAAGCGUCAUGGAGAGAAGCUUCUGCAAAAUGGAUGAGGAAGUGAUAGAGUGGACUGAAGGGGUGGUUGGUGUUGCUAAUUGUAGAUGUGAGAUGCAAACACCCGAAUGUGAUGCUGUCGGAUCAACGGCCGUCGUUGCUAUUGUCACGCCUGACAAGAUUAUUGUCGCCAAUUGCGGUGAUUCAAGAGCUGUUUUGAGUCGGAACGGCAAGCCCGUGCCUCUCUCCAACGAUCACAAGCCGGACCGGCCAGACGAGUUGAACCGGAUCCAAGCAGCCGGCGGCCGGGUUAUUUACUGGGAUGGUCCAAGAGUUCUCGGAGUUCUUGCCAUGUCAAGAGCCAUAGGCGAUAACUAUCUAAAACCGUACGUGAGCUGCGAGCCAGAGGUAACAAUAACAGAAAGAACACCAGAGGAUGAUUGUUUGAUAUUAGCAAGUGAUGGGUUAUGGGAUGUGGUGUCAAAUGACACGGCGUGUGGGGUGGCUCGCAUGUGUCUGAGAGGGAAAAGACUAGUGCAGCAGCAGCAAUGCUUUUCGCCGGAGAACGAUGGGCUGGCGAUGGGCCGCUCUGGUGGCGCUGCCACUAGUGGGUGUGGAGAGAUGUCGGACAAAGCGUGCUCGGAUGCUUCGAUGUUGCUGACGAAAUUGGCUUUGGCUAGGCGUAGUACUGACAACGUGAGUGUGGUUGUGGUUGAUCUUAGGAAAGACACGUAACCAUGGUCUUAUCACCUUUAAUUUUAGUUUUUUUUGUUGGGUUUUUUCUUUUUUCUUUUGGGUUUUCCCGUGCUGGGUUUAGGGUUUUCAAUGAAAGAAGCAAAUGAAUAGGUGUUCUUUUUUUGGGUUGUUUACUUAAGUGGUAAUGAGGAAUGAAAAUAGUGGGAAGAAAAUGAAAAAUUGGGCUUCCAAAAUAGCAUUCUUUUUCUAUUUUUGCUUUGGUAAAACUUCCUCGUUCUCCUCCUUUUGAUUGUUAUAUCAAAUCUUUAUUUCUUGGGUCAA